GUGAAUUGUCAGAUUGUCACGACACGACACAGCUGAUAACUGAUUAAAGUUAGGUUAAAAAACGAACGACCGCUGCGUUUUUGAAAUUGUGUGUUGAAAAACUGAAAAUCGAGAAUAUUAAUACAGAAAAAUGUCCGACUCCAAUGAAGAUGGCUUCAACGUGAACAUGCGACUUCCCACUUCUCUGACUCUCUCAAAAUUUGCCGUAGCUAGAGGCAGAGAAAUUCAAAUAAUGAAAAACUCCCUUUCCACCUCAACCUGUACAAAGCUAGCUUUUCAAAAACUGCCCAAACACUUGCGUCGUAGAACCAUGUCCCACAAUGUCAAAAGACUACCAAGACGUCUUCGAAUGAUCCAUUUAGCCCAAAUGAAGAAAUCCGGUUUACCACCAAAACAAAAAAGACCGUCCCGAAAAUAUAGACGAAGACCUAGAAAUUUAUUGAGUGAAUAUACUAGAAGACAACGUAGAAUAAAUUGGCUCAACACACACAUUUGGCAUGCCAAAAGGUUUCAUAUGGUAGAAAAAUGGGGCUAUAAGCUACCACAUUGCCCAUGUGAUAAGGCAUUUAGGGCAUGCUAUAGAGCAACUACUAAACACUGUCUUAUGCAAGAUAUUUCAUACCACAAAUGUAUAGAGAUCAGUGGGGAAUUUGAAAAACUUGUUGAUAGUUUCAAGAAAAUCACUGAUCCCAAUAUUGGUCUUACAAUUGGUGCAUAUGCAUAUAAAAAAGGUUCAAAGGAAGGCAGGAUAGUACUUCAUGAUAUCGACAACCCAAGCAAAGUUAUAGGAGAUGUGAGUUUUCUGUGGAGACCAAUUAAAACCAAAUUCCUCAACCAAUCUGUGAGCCACUUGUGGCUUUGGUUACAUCCUUCAUUUCAAUCAGAAGCUCUGAGGACUAUAAAAAAGUGUUUUGGUUUUCCUGAUGUUACAUCAGAUGGGGUACAAACACUGAAAAGCAAUGAUAAUAUACAGUUGAGAGAAAAUAUGUAUGAUUUAAAUAGAUUCAGAUUAACAGGCCCUUUGUCAACUGCAGUGCUAUGCAAUGCAUUUCAGUUAAGUGAAAAGCACACUGUAGACUGGUUGAAGGAUUUUCAAAAUUUGCCUGGGGAACACUUAUUAAAGAUGAAGCCCUAUUGGGAAUAUUUGAGGUCUGUAUCAGAUCCUUCAGUGCUGCCACCUCAUUUUGUGUUACCUCUGAUAAUUCUUGACCCUAGAUACAAUUUUCCAAAAGCAAAAACAAAAUCACUACCAUUGAAAAAAAGUGCUCUUGAACAAAUUCAGGAUCCAAACAUAACUGAUAGCCCCCUGUGGAGCUUUAAAAUAAGAUGUCUUUUGCCACAUAGAAAGGUGUCGAAUGCUAAAAUAGCUGAGAUGCGCCAGAGUCUGUUAGUACCUGGUUCUGAUCUUGAACUACCUCCAGAAGCAAUACCAGUCAUUUUAGUGCAGAGACCUGGUGUCAGAAGUAAUCAGUAUAAUGGAUAUAGCAGUGGUUGGGAUAUAAUACUGCCUGCAACAUAUGCUCAACCAAUAUGGCUGUCACUUAUUAUGUGGGGAGGAAGACCAGGUGGACUAAGAGAAACUGACUCAAUUGGUUUUGAGGCCAAUGCAGAACCAAUGUUGAGCCCUGACACAAAAGCAGGUGUUGAAGAGGAGGUGCUCGUUUCCAAUAAAUGCAAAGACGAAUUUUUUAGGCUUCCUCCAAAUAAAAGGACAAAUUACAAUAAAUUCAGAAUUACUAGUCCAUUUGAAUUCAACUGGAAACUGUUGUUGAAUGAAUGGAAAAGUUCUGACAUACCUGUUGAAGACUUUACUGUGAUCAGGGAUAAGAAAGUGCUCAGACAAAUUCAGCAAGUCCUAUCAUCUAGUGACAAGAAUGCAAAACUACCUCAACUUGCUGAAAAUCAGUUGGUUCCUGUAACAAUAAGCCUAUUAAAGAAAGGGCCGUGUCAUAAUUUUGCAAUAAUUUGUCUCCCAGAAAGCAAAGAUUUCUCCAAAGAGCCCACAGAACCAAAUUGCAGAGAUUCCAAUGAAAGCAAAAGAAAGCAAAUGAGGAAAGAACAUAAAUCUUUACUGAAAAAGUUGAGGAAACGAAGAGUCAGGGCUAAAAGAGAUAAUAAGAUUAUCCCUCUAGACAAGGAAAUGCUUAAGAAUUACACCAUGCAAAUGAGAAAAUUAUGGCUUCCCGAAACUAAAACUUUACGACACUCUUGCUCUCGAGAAGUAAUGGGAUUUGUAAAGCAAGGAGGUUUUAGCUUUCUUCUAAGCAAGUCGAAAGGUAUUGGAUACAUUGCGUCAUGUUCACUGGAGAAAUUACUAUUUCUGAAGUGCAAAAAUAAAGUUUUGAUUAGGAAUACAAAUUCUAAACAAUAUAGGCUAGGAAUCUUAGAUGUUAUUAUUGAUUAAAUAUAAUUUUGUUGAUGAUACU